CUCUCUCUUCCUCUCUCUCACUCUUUCUCUCUGUCUCUUUUUUUAAAGGUCAAAGUUUAUUUACGGCAAACAUCUGGAGACAUCGUUUUUAAAGCUCCUGAUACGAGAGGUUUUGACCUUCCUCAGGUGGUCACUGGAGAAGAGGACGAAGGAUUUCAAGACGACUGGCUCUCUAAUCUUUAUGGGCGGGGCCACCGAGCAAGCACUGGGAGCACAAUGAGCUCACACAGUACUGGUACUAAUAUUACCUGGUCCAGUCACAGUAGCAGUGCUGGUAAUCUUAAAGCAAGUACGAGCGAUAUUUCAAAAGAACCUUCGACACUGUUUCUUGAAAAGGGUGGAGCCGAGAGUGAAGUGAAAGGUGCAGUGGGUGGGGCACUAGAAGAGACUAUGGGCGUGGCAGUGGGUGGAGUAAGCAGAGGGGACGAGAGUGGCUCCGAAGAGACCGUAGUCGAACAAUGUCCGUCACAGAUUACCGUGGGAACACUUCAAACGAAUUCGAGUAAAAAUAAAUCUGAGAGCGAGAGUGAGAGUAGCCUUUCCUCUUCAAAUGAGACUACACCCCCUCUGAUCACCGAGCUAGUCCCGCCCACGCCCACUAACGAGGAAGAUUCGAGGUCCGAGAGACUCACAAACAGUUUUAGGGACCUCCGCCACUCGCCAGGACUCCGGAAGCAAGAGAGGGAGGGGUCACCACUGGGGCUCCUCCCACCUCCAAUGAGACGGCCUAAGUUAGGUCCCAGUGUCCAGGGUUCUCGUAUUACGGCUAGUUUCAGCUCUGGGUCUCACCGACGGCAGGCUAGUAUGGGAGGAGGAGGAUCCAACCCUCAGACACCCUCUCCUCUUAUAAUGGGGAACCAUAAGAGACACAGUAGCGUCAGUGUGUUAUCUCAACGGGAAUAUCUACAAGAUGCUGCAUCAUUGAGCAGUAAUAAAACUAAGAUCUCAGUGUUAUCAACAUUAGAGCAAUCGAGAGUUGAUACUGAAUCACUCGUGAAUCAACUCAUAGCAAAUCAUGAUCUGACACCAGCCUCUGAUGAUGAAGGUCAGAGUAAUCUUAAGCUUUAUGUUGAUAGACAUUCUGGUGGUGUUACUCUUGCUGGCCACGACCUUGAUAGGUAAGAGCUAGGAAUUAAU